AUGUCUGAGUACGAAGCGUGCAUUUUGGGUCUGAGGUUAGCUGUUGACAUGGGCAUCCAAGAAUUGUUAGUGUUAGGAGACUCAGACUUACUAGUUCAUCAAAUUCAAGGAGAAUGGGAAACUCGAGACCCAAAGCUGAUACUAUAUCAACAUUGUUUACAAGGUCUUUGUCAACGAUUCGUGUCGAUAAAGUUUAGACAUAUUCCCAGAAUGCACAAUGAGAUUGCAGAUGCAUUGGCCACUUUGUCUUCGAUGCUCCAACACCCUGAUGACGCCCAUAUCGACCCUUUAUACAUACAAAUUCAUGAUCAACAUGCCUAUUGCAACAUGAUUGAGGAGGAAUUUGAUGGUAAGCCUUGGUUUCAUGAUAUCAAAACUUAUCUUCAGUCUGGAGAAUGUCUGUCAGAUGUAACUAGUAAUCAAGGAAGGACUAUUCGACGACUAGCAAGGGGUUUUUUCUUAAGCGGAGGCAUACUGUACAAGAAGACACCCGAUUUAGGUCUUCUAAGGUGUGUAAAUGCUCAAGAGGCUUCCACAAUCAUGAUUGAAGUACACUCAGGAGUUUGUGGACCUCGUAUGAAUGGAUAUGUUCUAGCCAAAAAAAUACUUUGA